AUGCUUAUUGUUCAUAUUUUGUCCAUUCCACUGAUAGAUUAUACACAACCCAUCCAAAAUAAUGUUCCGAAAGAAUCAUCAUUUCCUGGUGGGGAUAGCCAAAUUGGGACAGUCGGAUGUGUGGCUGUAGAUGGUCAUGGAAAUUUAGCUGCAGCAACUUCUACUGGUGGGUUUGUGAACAAGAUGGUAGGAAGGAUUGGGGAUACCCCUAUCAUUGGUGCGGGGACAUAUGCCAACAGUUUGUGCGCUGUCUCUGCCACUGGCAAGGGUGAAGCGAUAAUACGCUCCACUGUUGCAAGGGAUGUGGCCUCUCUUAUGGAAUACAAAGGGCUUUCUCUAAAGGAUGCAGCGACUUAUGUUAUAGAAGAGUGUGUCCCAAGAGGCACUGCUGGCUUGAUUGCUGUGUCUGCCACAGGAGAAGUAACCAUGCCGUUUAAUACGACAGGCAUGUUUAGAGCUUGUGCUACUGAAGAUGGGUAUUCUGAGAUUGGCAUUUGGCCAUCUGUGUGA